CUUUUUUUUCACCAUCGUUCCCCACUUUUUUUUACUACUUUUUUUCCUUUUAUUGUAUAUCUUCCUUGUAACAUAUCAUCUUUUUUUUUCUGCUUCUUUAUUCAUUACUAUAUUUUUGGGUCUACGUUCUGUUCCAUAUUACUCGAUAACAGGAUAUUAGACUUUUUUUUUUUUAAAUAACACGCUCAUUCCGUUCGGUUCCUCGCUUUCGACUCGUUUUCUCGAUCUUUUUAUCUUCCUUUUUUUCUUCUUCGAAAAUUCAGCCUUAUUCCGUAGUCAUUAAAUGGUUAACACGACCCAUGACCUGACCCGGCCCACGGAAGUGGAAGAAUCCGGCGAACGGCGCUUCCAAACGGAAGAAGAGAUCCUGGCAUCUUUUGGUUACAAACAAGAAAUGAAAAAAUCAAUGGGCACCAUGUCAAACUUUGCCGUGGCCUUUGGAUGUUGUUCGAUUCUUUCGGGUUUAACACCGAUGUGGGGUGACGCCAUGAUGUCUGGCGGAUCCAUCUCUAUUAUUUGGGGUUGGAUUCUCGUGUCUAUCUUUACGUUUGGUGUAGGCCUGUCACUGGCUGAAAUUUGUUCAGCUUAUCCAGUGACAGGUGGUCUCUAUAUCUGGGUAUCACGUCUUGCCCCUCCCGACUGGGUGCCGAUCUCCUGCUGGUUGACAGGAUGGUGUAACUGGUUAGGUCUGACCGUGGCCAUCACCUCAGCUGAUCUCGGUCUUGCCCAAUUUUUGGCUUCCGUGAUCGCUAUCAAGGAUGAAAAUUAUGAUGCUGGCAUCUAUUGGCAAUACGGUAUUUUUCUUGUGAUUGCCGUUAUUCACGGUCUCAUCAACUCGAUCAGCGUCAAAUACAACGGUUUCUUCAAUCAAGCCUCUCUAUAUUGGCAUCUGAUCGGUACCUUGAUGAUCAUCGCCGUCGCGCUCGCCUUGACUCCCAACAAACCAACCGCUCAAUGGGUGUUUACCUAUUUCGAAAACGAUACUGGAUUUUCCAACAACGGCUACGCUUUUCUUAUCGGUCUUUUGCAAUCGCAGUACACUCUUUCCGGCUUUGACAGCGCGGCUCACAUGUCCGAAGAAACUCGUGACGCUGCACGAAGUGCCCCCAAGGGUAUUUUGUACGCCAUCGGUACCGCCGCCAUCGUCGGCUUCGCUUUCUUAUUGUCCGUCAAUUUCUGCGUCCAAAACUUCCAAGUCCAAGUCGUCGAAACGUCCAUCAAUCCCCAGAUGACCAAGGUCUUCCUUGACGGUGUCGGCUACAAAUGGACCGUCGUUUUCAAUGUCAUUAUCAUGGGCGCCAUGUUCUUUUCCGGCUCGGCGUUGACGCUGGGUAGUUCUCGCAUGGUAUAUGCUUUUGCCAGAGACGGUGCGAUGCCUUUCAGCAAAUAUCUCAGCUACGUUAACCGCAAGACCCAGACACCGGUCUAUGCCGUGUGGGGUAACGUCAUCUUUGCCAUCAUUGUCGGUUUGCUUUACAUCGUCAACACGACCGCUUUCAAUGCUAUUGUGUCCAUCAAUACCAUUGCAUCGUCCUUGGCCUACUUUAUUCCCAUUUUCCUUCGAUUAACCGUCGCUCGCAACAAGUUCCAACGCGGCCCUUUCCACCUCGGUCCCUUUUCCGACGUUAUCAAUAUCACCAGCUGUUUCUGGAUUUUAUUCACAUCCAUUUUGUUCAUCUGUCCCACUGAAUAUCCUGUUACUGCCGAAAACAUGAACUACGCCUGUGCUCCACUUGUCUUCGUGCUUGGUGGCUCUGUGAGCUACUACUAUUUCCGUGCCAAGAAGUGGUUCACUGGUCCUGGUAACAGCUUGAAGGAAGACCCACAGCUGAAAGAUUCUUCCGAAUUUCACUACGACAGCAAGCCGUCUUCGGGUGAUAACACUGUCAAUCACUCUUCCACCGCCCUUGAUGAAAAAACCGAAGAAGCCACCGGUGUCCAGAUUGACCAAGUUGAACGACUCUAAUUUUAUCUCCUUUACUCUUCCCCUCCUCCCUUCUUCCAUUUUAUUUCGAUUCCUCCUUCUAGAUUAACUUUCUAUUUCUUGUAUCUUGGAAAGCUGAUAGAUUUUUCAAAAAGCGGAACAGAAUUCCUCUAAAGUCUUUCGUCUAUCGCUUCACUUGCUGUAUGUUUAUAUCCGAUUUGUAUGUAAAUACAUUCAAAAUUCUAUUAUCUUCAUUGUUAUGACUUUUUUCCAUGCAUGCAAAUAAUUCUCUAAGACUAUCAUUAAGAUCAUCAAUCGCAUAUACCAUACAAUGGUGCUCUGUUGAUAAUAAAUUCAAGGCCAAAACGGG